CCCCUUGGUUGAGGGCCAAAUCCGAUGGCUACAGGUGGUCACGCCCCUGAGAUUGACGUUUUGAGCAACCCGCAUCAGGCCAGGCAGGAUGAAGACAACGAGGAAGAAUCCUUGGCUGUCAACCAGAAAGAAGGGGAAGAGGAGGAGGACGACUGGGAGACGGAGCUUUCUGUCAAGUACUUUGCCGACAUCCUGCGCGACUCGGCAUCCACCAGUGGAGGCCGGAUGGGCCCAAACUACACAGAAAAAGAUUUUGAGUAUCACAGGCACACAAUUCAUCACAUCCACCACCCGCUCUCCACGCGCUUGCCCGUAACGCAGUGUUUCCGCAAGAGGGCGCACGGCGCCGAGCGCAGGCGCAAAAAGAAGCGAAAGAAAAGGAAGACGUCCCUGCCGCCCUCCGACGUGACGCCCACCAUCCACGAAGUAGACGAGGAGGAGGCCCAGUCUGAAAUCGAAAGGCGGGUGGACGCCGAGCUGCCCGGCAAGCAAGCGCAGUUUAGUUUGGAGAGCCAAGAGCGCUUGGAAGAAGCUCUUCCAAUCGACACCGUCCACACGGAAAAUGAAGAGCGGCGCCGGGCCCAGAAACAUAUUCCGACUCUCAACGGGGAUCUUCGCUCUGGACAAAACGACGUCAUCGAACACCACGAGGACGAGGAAAAGGAAUCCUGCGACAGCAUCAGCCCAGGACGCGCGUCCCCCGCCACCGCCGCCGCCGCGACGCCGAGCUGGUUCUGUCGAAGGCCCGCCCACCACCGCGCCGCAGGCGCCCAGCGGUGCAACUACGACCUGAGGGAGCGGAUUUGCAUCGGCAGCAUGACGGCAGCGGAGAACGCCGUCUAUCGACGGGUGCCGACCGACGAAGCCGAGGCCCGGAUGUUGGCCACCGUCGACUUGGAUGGCAUGAAAAGUCACAGAUUUGAAGACAACCCCGGAGUGAGACGCCACUUGGUGAAGAAGUCGUCCCGCUUUCAGGUCGGCCGUAGCAGCAACUCUUCCACGCCACUGUCCAGCCUGAAGAAGAAGAAACGAGCGUCGGACAAGAAGACUCAUGAGCUGUUUGUGGAGCUCAAUGAGCUGAUUGUGGAGAAGGACCAUGAAAUGCGCUGGAAAGAGCGCGCCCGCUGGAUCAAGUUCGAGGAAGAUGUCGAGGAGGAGACGGACCGCUGGGGCAAGCCUCACGUGGCUUCGCUCUCUUUUCGCAGCCUACUGGAGCUUCGCCGCACUAUCACGCACGGUGCAAUCCUUCUGGACCUGGAGCAGAACUCUCUUCCGGGAAUUGCCCACUUGGUGGUGGAGACCAUGAUCAUCUCCGAUCAAAUUCGAGCUGAAGACAGAUCCUGCGUUCUGAGAGCUCUGCUGCUCAAACACAGUCAUCCAAGUGACAUGAAGCAUCGCUUUCACCGGCACCACUCAUCAAGCAGUCUUCACGGCAGUGUCAAUCCCACCCGCGUCCAGGACACCAGCCUGCCCCUUGUCGCCGAAGAAAUGGAAGAGCACCAGGAUGGCAAAGGACCCCUCUACGACCCCAAACAAGACGUCUUUGUCAGUCUAUUUAAAUCUCUCCAUCCCGUAUCUCCCGAGAGCCAUCCGGCGGCCGCCAGAUCUUUGAAACUUCUGGCCAAGAUACCAAGAGAUGCCGAAGCAGUCAUUGUUUUAGUCGGCUGCGUUGAAUUCCUGGAGCAGCCGGCCAUGGCUUUCGUACGGCUGAACGAAGCCGUGCUUCUGGAGUCGGUUUUAGAGGUCCCGGUUCCAGUUCGCUUUAUUUUUGUCCUGCUUGGACCCAGUCAGUCCAACGUGGACUACCACGAGAUUGGACGCUCCUUCUCAACGCUCAUGUCUGACAAGAACUUCCACGAAGUGGCUUAUUUCGCCGACAACAGACAAGAUCUCCUCAACGGUAUCAACGAAUUCCUGGACUGCAGCAUUGUCAUUCCGCCCUCCGACGUGGAAGGCAAAGACCUGCUGAAGACCGUGGCCGACUUCCAGAAGCAGAUGCUGCGCAAGCGCAAGGAAAGGGAGCUGAAGAAGCACCACUCGUCGUCCGGCAUGGAGCAGAACAACAAAGACAUGAUUCAAGAGGAGGAGGAGGAGGGCGACCAAGAGAUUGACCCACUCAUGCGUUCGGGGAUUCCUUUCGGAGGUUUGAUCCACGAUAUUCGACGUCGCUACCCCAACUACGUCAGCGACUUGAAAGAUGCUGUGGACAUGCAAUGCGUCGCUGCUGUUAUCUUCAUUUACUUUGCUGCGCUGUCGCCCACCAUAACCUUUGGAGGCUUGCUAGGGGAGAAAACAGAGGGCAUGAUGGGAGUGACGGAGCUGAUUGUUUCCACCGCGACACUCGGAGUUAUCUUCUCACUCCUGGCCGGUCAGCCUCUUCUCAUCAUCGGAUUCUCGGGACCUUUACUGGUGUUUGAGGAAGCGUUUUACAAGUUCUGUCAGGCCUACGAUUUUGAGUACCUGACCGGCCGGGUGUGGAUCGGCUUCUGGCUCGUCUUCAUCGUCCUGCUGAUCGUCGCGGCGGAGGGCAGCUUCCUCGUUCGCUUCAUCUCACCCUUUACUCAAGAGAUCUUUGCUUUCCUGAUCUCCCUCAUCUUCAUCUACGAGACCUUCUCCAAGCUUAUCAAGGUGUUUCGAGAACAUCCGUUGAUGGCGUGGUACCCCGGGGACGCCACCCCUCCGUCUGAACUUCAGGACGUCCAGAACCAACCCAACACUGCUCUGCUGUCUCUCGUCCUCAUGAUGGGCACUUUCUUUGUGGCUUUCUUCCUCAGAAAGUUCCGAAACAGUCGAUUUUUAGGUGGCAAGGCAAGAAGAAUCAUUGGGGACUUUGGUAUCCCCAUUUCAAUUUUAGUUUCGGUGCUGGUGGAUUACUCCAUCACCGACACGUAUACGCAGAAACUCGACGUGCCGUCCGGCUUCUCAGUCACUUCCCCGAACAAGAGAGGCUGGUUCAUCAGUCCCUUUGGUGACAAGCGGCCUUUUCCCACCUGGAUGAUGGGAGCGUCCAUUGUACCCGCACUUCUUGUAUUUAUCCUCAUUUUUAUGGAAACGCAGAUCACUUCCCUGAUUGUCAGUAAGAAGGAGCGUCGGCUGGUGAAAGGCUCGGGGUUCCACCUGGACUUGCUGCUCAUCGUCAUUCUCGGCGCCUUCUGCCCGCUAUUUGGCCUGCCGUGGCUGACGGCGGCCACGGUGCGCUCGGUCACCCACGUCAACGCCCUGACCGUCAUGAGCAAAGCCACGGCGCCUGGAGAGAAGCCCAUGAUCCAGGAAGUCAAAGAGCAGAGGCUGACGGGACUUCUUGUGGCCGUGCUUGUGGGUAUGUCCAUCGUGAUGACGGAUGUGCUGCGCCUCAUCCCUCUGGCCGUGCUCUUUGGCAUCUUCCUGUACAUGGGGGUGACCUCUUUGACGGGGAUCCAGCUGUACGAACGCAUCACGCUCAUGGUCACGCCGGCCAAGCACCACCCCGACCACAUUUAUGUCACCAAGGUGAAGACGUGGCGCAUGAACAUGUUCACCCUCAUCCAGCUGGGCUGCAUCGCGGCCCUGUGGGUCGUCAAGUCCACCGCCGCCUCCCUGGCAUUCCCCUUCGUCCUCAUCAUGACGGUGCCGUUGCGCCGCGUCAUCCUCUCCAGGGUUUUUGAGGAACGUGAGCUUCAGGCGCUGGAUUGCGAUGAAGACUCGCCCAACUUUGAUGAAGAUGGCCGGGAUGAGUACAACGAGAUUCACAUGCUCGUUUGAAGCCGAGCCAGCCAAAGAGACCACCUGCUUCUUCUUCUUCUUCUCCUCCUCCGUCUCCUUCUUCUACUUCUUCUCCUGCUUCUUCUUCUUCAUGCUCCUGAUCUCUUGAGAGUUGACAAGGAUAAGCGUCAUAAGGCAAAAAAAAAAAAAAACAUUAGCAAAUGUGUUACAUCAAUAGAUAAUAUAUAUUUUUUUCCUCAAGUUAAAAAA